CGUUGCAGAAAUAACCCGCGCCCACCUUCGCCGGACUUUUGAUUAUGGCGGCCAUGAUGCCGAGUGCAGCGACGUCGAGCAACCCAUACGACCACGACGCGGUGGAGCGGGACCUGAUUGACCCCGACGAUGCGACCCUCGACGAUCUAGACGACCCGCUGCAAGGCACGUCGGACCGCGCGCCGUUGACGGGCAACAUCAACGCGCAGUCGUACCUGACGUCGAGCAUCCCCGGCGAGGACCGGCGCGCGCCCACCAACACCAUCGACGAGACGGUGUGGGAGACGCUGUCACGCGACCUGUUUGGCAUCCUGGAGAAGAUGAAGCAGGUGCUGUAUCCCAAGUACCUGCUGGGCGGCAUGAUGCAGCGCGGCGAGGGCAUGGGUGCAGCCGAGCGCGGCGAGGCAGAGGGCUUCGCCGGCGGCAUCAGGAACCUGGCGGGCAGAUGGCCCGACGCCGACGCGCUGCUGCAGAACGGCAUGAGCGAGGGCCUGCGCGACUGGGACCUCUGGGGCCCGCUCAUCUUCUGCCUGCUGCUGAGCCUGUUCCUCUCGCGCGGCGCAAAGGACUCGCAGAAGGACCUCGUCUUCUCGGGCGUCUUCGCCAUGGUGUGGGUGGGCGAGGCCGUGGUGACGCUGCAGAUCAAGCUGCUGGGCGGGAACAUCGCCUUCUUCCAGUCCGUCUCCAUCAUCGGUUACACGCUCUUCCCGCUCGUCAUCGCCGCGCUGCUCAGUGCACUGGGCAUACCGACGAUUGUCAGGAUCCCCGUGUACCUCGUCCUCAUAGCGUGGUCGCUCGCAGCCGGCGUGAGCAUCAUGGGCGGGUCGGGGGUGGUCAGGAACCGGGUGGGCAUUGCCGUGUAUCCUCUGUUUGUCUUCUACAUAGCACUGGGCUGCAUCUGUUUCAUCAGCUAGCGCGGGAUUUCGCUGGCCUUGUAAGAGUAGUGGGGUGUGUGGUAACAGGCGUUUUCCAAUAAAUCGAUAGUUGAAUUCUUUGUUACCUCAACAGUCGAUGGUUCAAGAUUCAAGUCUAUAGUUGAACGUUGAAAGUGAAAUAUCACCAG